UUGGGGAUAUUUAUUUCUACACUUCCUGUCCUAUAGCUAAAAAGGAAGUUAGAGGAAAUAAAUCAAUAAGUCUGACAAUCCCUGGUUGCCACCAGAGCUGUGGUGCAAUUGUUUUAUAAAUGUACACAAUAGCAUUAAAUUGUGAUUUUAUGAGUGCUUUCAGUACCUGUGUGCAGGGGCGGACUGACAACUCAUGGGGCCCCGGGCAAUAGGGGAUCAUGGGGCCCCUGUGUCCGUGCCCAAACUCAAAAAAGCCUAUGAAAAAGGUAACAGGGGCAUCUCAUGGGGCCCCCUACUGACCCCAGUCCCUCAGGCAGUGCCCAAGUCUCCAAAUGGUCAGUCCGCCCCUGCU